AUGAUUUCUCUUGAUGUGGUGAUGGGGAUGGUUCUCCUCACUCAGACUGGAAUAGGGAUCAUGGGGAACGCCUCUCUCCUUUGCCCUUGUAUUUACUUUCUAUAUAGGAGACAUGGAUUGAAACCAUUGGAGAAAAUAACCACCUGUCUUGCUUUAGCCAACACAUUGUGGAUUCUUUGUGGAGGAAUCCCUCAGACAAUGGCAGCCUUUGGGCUGCAGUAUUUCUUGGAUGAUUUUGGUUGUAAACUUGUCUUAUAUUUUUACAGAGUGGCCUGGGGAAAUUCUCUCAGCAUCACCUGUAUUUUAGGUAGCUUCCAGGCUUUAAGUAUCAACCCUACAAACUCCAGAUGGGCAGAAGUCAAAUUCAGAUUCCUAAAGCGUAUUAAUUCUGCCUGUGUCCUGAGUGGGAUGUUUCAUCUGCUAGUGAAUAUCAUCAUUCCCAUGAAAGUGACUGGAAAAAGAAGUAACAUAAAUACCACUGUGAAUUCAAACCUUAGAUAUUGUUCUCGUCUAUACAUAGAUACAAUUAUAGAAUCAUUAUGGUCAUUUAUUUUCUCUUUAAUAGAUGUUAUUUGUUUGGGAGUCAUGAUAUGGGCUGGUGGAUCUAUAAUCUUUUUCCUUCACAAGCACAAACAGCAAGUUCGCUACAUUCACACUUCUAGACAAACUCUCCAAAUAUCCCCUGAGACCAGAGCCACAAAAUCUAUCUUGACACUUGUGAGCACUUUUGUCUUAUUUUAUUCUCUCUCUUCUGCUUUUGAAAUGUAUGCUUUUCUUUUUGACAAUCCACAGACAUGGCUUGUAAACAUCAUUGUGAUUCUAUCAUCUUGUUUUCCAACCUUCAGCCCCUUUUUGCUCUUAAAAAGAGACAACCAUGUCUUCAGUCUCUGCUCUUUCUGCUGA